UUACCCCCGCAAUUUACUGUCGGCUAUAUUCAUCGACUUAUUCAUCCCAGACAUAACAUUUAGAUCGCUGUUAUCGCAGGAGGCUCUUACAGGGAAUCAGUUUAAGUCACUUUUCUAAGGAUUUCCAAAGAUCUAUUCAAAAGAAGCUUGGAUUUAGCCACACUCAUUGGGAUGCAUCUCCUGAUCUCGUUUCUCCUCUUGUUUGGAUCAUUAUGUAGAUUGGUCUCAGCUGGACCCUCACCUCAGUGGCUCUAUCAACAAAUCCACGCGCUUCCAGAUAAUGGUAACCAACAUGCAACCACUGAACUCCAUACCAAGAAAUCUGAAAUUCCUCCUAAGAGGAAAGAUGGCGUGAAGAGGUUGUUUAACUUUCUAGAUUCUGCAAUACAGGAAAGUGGAAGUGGAAGUGGCGAGGGAUCUGCUGAUGGCCGCGUCAUUAUGGCUACCGAUCAACUCGUUAGUUCAGCUGGCUUGAAAGGAAAGCAGUCUGCUGGAGUCGAUGGUCAUGCAAGAACCAAAAAGGAGAAGACAACAAACUCUGGUAACUCUCUACAAAAGAAAACAGAAGCCUUGGGACAUGGAGUAAAUGAAGGCCAGACUUCAAUAAACGGGCGUAAAAAAGAUUCUUAUGCUAGCAUUUCAAAUCUCCAGAGACAGUUUGCAGCUUCAAAUCGACAAGGAUUGCAGACAAUUACAGUACCACAACAAAAAACAGGAUAUCUAGCUAAUCCAGGGCUUCAGAAUGUAAAAUAUUCACCAAACGUUUCUUCUUACUCUCGAAGCACGUAUGGCAAUCAAAGAAAAACAACUGGCUACUCGGUUGCCGGUCAGCGAGCACAGUUAUAUGGUGAUGCAGCGUCAAGCAGGCGACCACCGGCUAUUCCUGUGCGAAGUCAAGUCUCCGCGAGUCAAGGAUUACGAACGCAGUCUUUAAGGCCACAGAAUCUAAUUCAUGGAGCACCACACAGAUCAAACAUACAAGGACCAUUUUACACCACCUUUACAUUUACCUUCCCGAACUCAUAUCAAGACUAUUACAGGGCGAAAGGGAUCAAGUCUGCCGAGCCACUGCAGGAAAAUGCAUAUGGUCAGCCACAAAGACAACGAAAUCACUUUCAUCAACAAGUGAGGGCUCUUAUUCCCGGGAGGGUACCUCUGGCACAACCUUAUAAUCGUUACCCCUACCCAGCAUCCCCAGCCGGUGUACCUGGCCAAACUAGAGGUGUUAUUUACUCUCGUUUUCAAUACAAUCCUCACAGCGUUGCGGUUUCCCGCGCUCGCUUUCCUGUUUUCCCACGUGUUGUUAAUACUCCACCCAAAGCAGCAAGUUUCUCCGGACAGGUUUACUACAGAAACACUAUUCCAAAUCAGCAGGCAGGUUUUUCACGCAAUGCACAAGGUUCUUUUCACACUUACAAUUAUCCGCUGGUGCAGCGGCCACAAGUUGGGCGAGCUGUGAUAAGCCGAAAACCACAGCCUCAAAUUCCGAUGUCGGCGUUGAUGGCAGCGGGAGCCAAAAGCUUACGACAGCUUAGCCACGGUUGAAUCAGUCUGGUCUUCGUAUGCUCCACAAAGAUUGGCGCUUGCGGUGUGGAUGUUUGAAAACACAUCCAUAAAGCGCCUGCCAAAAUUAGCGCGAGGACGUUUCAAACAGAACUAUGUAACAUCCAUCUGCGACAGAUAUUCAUAUCUUUGGAUACGUAUUUAAGAUUUAAAAGUAACAGAUAUAUAGUGAAGACAACUUGUUCUCAAAGAAGGAAACAAGGCCAUGAAGGUCUGGCAUUCAACGUGUAACCUUGUAGUGCCGCUAUUUUAGUUUUAAUCGAAUCUUGUCAAGUAAUUACCAGAACAGUAUUUUGAGCUGUAAAGCGUCUCCACCAGGAGAUUUUAUUUUCUUGUGGUCAUUUAAACUGGAAAAGGGUUUUCCAAGGUCUGUGCAGAGCACUGCUGAUCCUAACGAUGUCCCACACUUUGUCAAUUUUGAAUGAUGCUUGUAAUGAACCUUUUUAGAACAUUUCUACUAAAGUCAAAUUUUCAAAAAAGUGAUAAAAUGAGUUUGAAUAGGGUCUGGAAUGUAAUUUUUUACGUCCUGA